UACGGAACAACUUCACUGAGAAGCAGGAUUCUUUCCCACAUCAUUUAGUCAUUUUUUCAUCUCUGUGACCUAUCAAUACAGGAAUGUAUGAAUAUGUAUGUUUAGGAACAGGAACAGGAGCAGGAGUUGGACAUUUUAAAGCAAACACCAGCUUAUUAGUUUUCUUGAAUGAAGAAGUGCUCACCACGCGAGCGCGCAUCUCAGAAUGUACCGUGCACGCGCUGCUACAACCGGGGUUGCAAAGAUGGUGGCCAGCAAGAGAGUACAGAAGCUCCUCCGACGAUACAAACUAGCAAUCGCUGCCGCGUUGACCAUCCUCCUUAUCCAGGGUCUGGUCGUAUGGAGCCUGAGAAGUCUGGAAGAGCGAGAUGCCGAGAAAAAAACAAGGCGGUCUAAACUGCCUGACCAGAACAGCCAGGAGGCAGCCAACCUUUGGGAGAGACAAAACUCCUUGUCUGGGAGGAACGGGGGCAGAUGGAGCGGCAGGCUGGAAAGGGUAGGGGGCACGGCAGCCAGCGCGCUAAGACGAGGGACCAGCCGAAAAGGAGGCAAGCCCAGCAUCAGGCUGAAGACUCCCUUCCCGCAAGGCCAAGCGGACGCAGGAGCGGAGGGCGUAGCGCCCCACGACCCGUCCAGCAGCCGAAACCUAAGCGACGUGCGAGGCGGUGCUGAGGGCGCGGCCAAGAUACAUGCCGCCGUCUUACCGGGGGAGCCAGGCAGCGUGGACGGGGCCCACCAGGCCCCCAGCAGUGACUUUGAGCCCAAAUGCGACAUCACGGGCAAGGAUGCGCUGUCGGCUCUGCAUCGUGCCGGGUCGCAGCGGUGUCGCCAGGAGAUUGCCGAUAUCGUGUGCCUGCAUCAGGCCGGGCAGCUCAUGCCAGCUGCUCUUCCACAGUUCUGCCCCCAGACCGGUGUCUUAACUCCUGUGCAAGCAGUCGGCGAGGUGGACAACAGCCUGUCCAAAGUCGAGAACCCUGUCAGGGUGGUUUUCGUUCUGAUGGUCCACGGCCGCUCUGUACGGCAGCUCAAGCGUCUCAUCAAAGCCAUCUACCACUGUGAUCACUACUACUACAUCCAUGUCGACAAGCGAUCCGGCUACAUGCACCGGGAAGUCCUACAGAUCGCCCAGCAGUACCCAAAUAUACGUGCGACGCCCUGGCGAAUGGUGACCAUUUGGGGUGGUGCCAGCCUCUUGAAAGCGUACCUCCACAGCAUGCAGGACCUGCUAUCCAUGCCGGACUGGAAGUGGGAUUAUUUCAUCAAUCUCAGCGGCACCGACUUCCCCACCAGGACCAAUGAUGAGCUGGUGGCAUUCCUGUCACAGCACAGAGACAAGAACUUCCUCAAGUCUCACGGCAGAGAGAAUUUUCGGUUUAUUAAGAAACAGGGCCUGGAUCGCCUCUUCCACGAGUGUGACAACCACAUGUGGCGCCUCGGAGAGCGCAACAUCCCAGGCGGCCUGGAAGUCUCGGGUGGCUCGGAUUGGUUCGCACUCACCCGCCGCUUUGUGGAGUAUGUCAUCAACUCCCAGGACGACCUGGUGCUGGGUCUGAAGCAGUUCUAUUCCUACGCUCUGCUCCCCGCCGAGUCCUUCUUCCACACGGUGCUCGGGAACAGUCACAUGUGCGACAGCCUGGUGGACAACAACCUUCGUGUGACCAACUGGAAUCGUAAACUGGGCUGUAAAUGCCAGUACAAGCACAUUGUGGACUGGUGCGGCUGCUCUCCCAACGACUUCAAACCCCAAGACCUCAUCCGCAUCCAGCAAUUGUCCCGGCCGACAUUCUUUGCACGCAAAUUUGAGUCCAUCGUGAACCAGGAAGCCAUCGACAUCCUGGACACUCACCUGUACGGCCAGUAUGCUCCGGGAACUGCGGCUAUUAAGGCGUACUGGGAGAACCUGUUUGAGCAGAUGGAUGGCGUGGAGUCUCUCAGUGACGUCGCGCUCACUGCUCACUCUUCUCUGUUUCGCCUGGGCCUCGAAAGCCUCGCAUCUCGGAGCACCAACGAGUCCUGCAGGUUUGAACCAAUAGGCUACCCUUUGUCAGUACACGUGUACUUCUAUGACGACCGCUUUCAGGGGUACUUGGUACGCCAGGAAGUCCGGGCUGCGGGGUCAAAAGCCAAGGAGGCGAUUGAGACCUGGGCUGUGCCCCAGGCCACACUGGUGCUCGAGACUAAUCUUAAAGAGUUUGAAAGGCUCAAAAACCUCGAGAUCGGCACAGAAUGGGAUCCAAAAGAGAGAAUCUUCCGGAACUUCGGUGGGAUCGUCGGCCCCUUGGACGAACCGCUGGCAGUUCAGAAAUGGGCUCGUGGGCGCAACCUCACCGCCACCGUCGUGUGGAUUGACCCCGCCUUGGUGGUGGCCGCCUCUUAUGACAUCACCGUGGACACGGAUGCCGAAUACACCCAGUACAAGCCCCCGCUGCAGCGCCCCCUGCGGCCCGGCGUUUGGACGGUACGCGUGCUGAAGCAGUGGGAGCGCGUGGCCGAAGCUCACUUUCUCGUCAUGCCGUUGACCUUCAAAGAUAAGGCGCCCCUGCGCAAAGAUGAGGACAGUUGGCUGCACGCAGGCCCACCGGGGAACCUGUACCUGGAUCAGGGCUUCCAGCAGCUGAGCUCCGUGCUGAAGCUGCCUCUUCAGGGGCCCGCCAUGCUCGCGGCGAAACAAAGCGCCCAGCUCGUGGGCCCACCCCUGGAAGCGUGGCUCGACCGCAGCGUGGCCAAUUUCUGGGUCAUCGGAGACCUGUGCGCCACGCAGACCUCAUCCUGCACAGCCUUGACGCCGUGCUCCAAAACAACCUGGAGCUCCAUGUCCCCGGACCCCAAGUCUGAACUGGGACCAGUUAAAAGUGAUGGGAGAAUCAGGUAGCCCCAGUGGAGGGUGGACUGUUGAGGAGGACCGGGCCUGUUUUUCCGAGGCUCGUAGCAGCAGUCAGAGCUCCAGGAGAAUCCGUGUGAAUGGCUGGUCUGGCUCUAAGCCGAAGGCCACAUUAGCCACAUUAGCCGCAAUAGCAUCUUGCACUGAAGAGUCAAAACGUUCUCAGUGACGUGGUUCCGCUACCUUAGUUGAGGUGAACACAGCUGCUGGAAAUUUGCACAUUGACAAAUGCAAGCCAAAAGACUUUUGUUGGUGUGCAGGAAUGGCGACAUGGAUGCCAGAUUGUUUUUUUUUUUAAAUCCCAGCUACGGUUUGGACUACAGUUUCUGUUUACUUUGAGUCAGGAUGCAGUUUAAACCCAACCACAUUCUCCUUGAAGUGUUUUCCUCUCCUCAAGACAGAAGAAAACCUCCAGCUCGUAUCAUAUUGUGCUUAUUUUCAAGCAUUUAAUCUCAGAAAUAUGGAAUAGAUGAAGUGCACUUUACUGUAAGGCAGUUUUUCCACAGAACUUCAAAGUAGUUGUGUUUAUCGCAGCAUUUUAAUUGUACACGGGAUCCCUGAACCACUUCUAAAAUGUCUUUGCGGGACUCCCAGAAUGAGCUGUAGAUCGCUGUAGAAUUCUCGAGCUCAACCAGUAAUCUACUGCUAAGGGAACCACGAUGCGGCCAAUAGCUCACAACAAGGGUCUAUGCCCAAGGUCAAGCCCACGCCGUAUGUUACAUGUUAUAUACAUGCUAUGUACAUGUUACAUGUUCCAUACCUCCCGUGUAUCGAUGUAGGUGCAGUUUUUACCGGCUUUCACACGAAGGAGAAGCACUACAAGUCCAACCAGAAAUGCUCGACACUGUACGACUUUAUUAUUGUUAUUUUAGAAUUUCGGGGGCGGGGAGAGGUGUGUGUGGGGGGGGGGGGGAAUCAAAGCUGCCUUUACUUAGCUGAGAAAAUGACUUGUUUACUGCAGGAUUCAACCUUUCCCAAGAUGUGCAAUGUCUGCCUGCCCCCGGUCUGCAUCUUAGUCGAACAUGUUUUAGGGUGUUGGGUUUUUGGAACGGCCAGGGUGGUUUUUUUUAAAGUGUCCUUGUUUACCUUGCACAGUACAGUUGCUUCAGUGAAGCCCCGCGUCUGUUCAAAGCAGCAGAGAAAUGCACAUGUUAUUUUUAUACUGUUUUAAAAAACAAGCGUGUCCAUACGUGUCUUUGGGGUUUCAACUAGCCACAAAAUGUUGAUUUUUUUUUUUUUAGAGACUGAUUUGUGAUCAGUGGUGGAGC